AUGGGUGAGCACUCUCGUAUAUCAAUGGACUUCGAUAGUAUCAUAUCAGUGACCUUGGAGAACUACACCGAUAUCCAAAUGACCCCUGUCAGUGGCAGUAAAGUAAAUGAAAAUGGUAUCUCCUUCCCAGAUAUCAUUGAGAAGGAUUCAUCUGUACCAAAUCUUGUGAUUAACUCUGCCUUUGAUCCAACCAUGGAUACUUCCAAGAGUCCCUCUUACUGGUCGAGAGUUAUCUUACGUAAUAUUGCCAGAUUGGCAAAAGAAGCAACAACUAUCCGGCGUGUUCUUGAACCUCUUUUUCAUAAUUUUGAUGCUGAAAAUCACUGGUCCCGAGAGAAGGGAGUCGCUUUUUCAGUUCUAAUGUAUUUGCAGUCGCUAAUGGAAGAAACAGGUUACUUUGGGAGUUUUAGUAUGGGAGAGGAGUCCCACCUUUUAUUGGCUAUCUUGGUGAAGCACAUGGAGCAUAAGAAUGUAGCCAAGCAACCUCAUAUACAAGUUAACAUUAUCGAUGUCAUUACUCAACUUGCACAAACUGCGAAGCCUCAGCCGUCAGUAGCAAUCAUCGGUACUAUAACUGACUUGAUGAAGUAUCUACGAAAAUGCCUUCAAAAUUCAACUGAAAUAUCAAGUUCUGGGGGUGAUAUCGAUAAGUAUAACACUGAUCUUCAGUUAGGAUUAGAAAAGUGUAUCUCACAGCUAUCAAAUAAGGUUGGGGAUGUGGGACCAAUUCUUGAUAUGAUGGCUGUUGUACUAGAGAAUAUUUCGACCAACAGUAUUGUUGCCCGAACAACUGUCUAUGCUGUUUAUCUAACUGCAGACAUUAUCUCAUCUAUCCCAAACAUAUCAUAUCACAAGAAGGCCUUCCCUGACGCUCUAUUUCACCCGUUGGUCCUCGCAAUGGCCCACCCAGACCAUGAAACUCGAGUUGGAGCACAUAACAUUUUCUCCACUGUGCUUAUGCCGUCCUUGCUUUCACCUACGUCAGAUCAAAAUAAAAACACUUCUGAAGAUGUUUGUUCUGACUUAUCAGUUAGUGCAUCCAAGAAGGUAAGGAGUCACAGCUUUGCUUUUCAGGAUGAAGGUAAAGACCAAGCAGAACUCGUUGAUGGAAGACUAAAAGAAAAUGUAAAUCAAGCAUCAGAUAUGGCUGUUAAAAAAUCAAUGUGUCAGUCCCGUGGACACUCAUAUAGCUUCAAGCAUGGUCUGGGUGAUGGAAAAAUGCAGCUCACUUCCCUUCGAUUAAGUAGCCAUCAAGUGAGUCUUCUGCUUUCAUCAAUAUGGGUCCAAGCAAAUUCUGCUGAAAAUACCCCCGCAAAUUUUGACGCUAUGGCCCAUUCCUAUAGCCUUGCAGUAUUGUUUACCCGAUCCAAGACCUCCAGUCACAUGGCCCUAGUUCGGAGUUUUCAGCUGGCAUUCUCCCUUAGGAGCAUCUCUCUGGAUCAAGAAGGAGGUUUGCAACCAUCUCGCAGAAGGUCUCUCUUUACCUUGGCAUCCUACAUGCUUAUUUUCUCAUCAAGGGCAGGCAAUCUUCCAGAGUUAAUUCCUAUUGUUAAAGCAUCUCUAACAGAUAAAACAGUUGAUCCUUAUCUCAAAUUAGUUGAAGAUAUCGGACUCCAGGCUGUUUGCAUGAAAUCUGAUGUGGACAGCAUAGCAUAUGGAUCAAAGGAAGAUGAUGUUGCUGCAUUAGAAUCCCUCUUGGCAAUAGAGCUAGAUGAUCUUCAUUUGAAGGAGACUGUCAUAUCCCAUUUCAUGACUAAAUUUGAGAAAUUAUCGGAGGAUGAAUUAUCAAGUAUAAAGAAACAACUUCUUGAGGGCUUUUCACCAGAUGACGUUUAUCCAUUAGGUGCUCCAUUGUUUAUGGAGACACCAAGACCAUGUUCUCCUCUUGCACUGAUGGAGUUUCAAGCAUUUGAAGAGAUUAUGCCUCUGGCUGCAAUAACAGAUGAAGAAGAAGCCUUCCCUGAAGCCAAUGGAAGUCAGUCAGAUCGCAAAACAUCAUUUUCCAUCAGUACACUAGAUGUCUUAAGUGUCAAUGAGCUAUUGGAUUCAGUUCUGGAAACAGCCCGGCAAGUUGCAAGCUUUUCAGUUUCCCCUACGCCCAUUCCUUAUGACGAAAUGAAAAGUCAGUGUGAAGCUCUUGUAAUGGGUAAACAUCAGAAGAUGUCAGUGCUUCAUAGCUUCAAGCAUCAACAGGAAACCAAGGCAACCUUCGAGCAAACUGAAAAGGAAGUCCUCUAUUUACCGAGUGUGCACAAAGUUGGCUUUGGAUAUAUGGUUUAUGGAAGUUACACACAAAUUGAGGAAUCCGGAGGAAGAGAGGAUUUACAUGGUUUGAAUACAUUUUACAUCCUUGAUUUUGAAUUGGGUUUGUCUAUUAGAAUCCAUAUGCUUAAAAUGGUGUUUUCGGAAGAUCUGAAGUUGAUUAGCAAGGAUCAAGUUCAUGUAAGGGGACAGCUUGCCCUCUGUUCACAAGAAUACAGACGACGUUCCUUCCGAUUGCCACCAUCAAGCCCUUACGACAAAUUCUUGAAAGCAGCUGGAUGCUAA